GCUACAACAGUAGUCUGGCAAUACUCGGUUCCGGGAAAGAAGAAUUACCUCAUAGGAUCCACAACAGCUUCUUUCAGUUGCUUAGGUCAGGGAGUACCGUAGCAGAUCAGACUGAGGUAUGGAGUCUUCAAACCUGUGCUGUGUCAUCUGCUUGGAGCGGUUCAAGGUUCCGGUUACUAUCCCAUGCGGUCACACUUUCUGCCAGGACUGUAUCACUCUUCACUGGGACACGAAGACUGAAGGCGGCAUGGAUAUACAAUGUCCAAUAUGCAAUGAGACAUUCAACCCAAGACCUGCCCUUAAACGAAAUGUGUCCCUGUGUCUUCUGACAGAGACGGCACCCCAUUGUGUAGAGAUCAGAGGUGCUGUCCCAGUAACUAGGCAGGUCAACACCACUGUCCUGCCAGAGGCUCUUUGUGACCGACACAUGAAGCCUCUUGUCAUCUACUGCAGGAAGGACAACCGUUGUGUGUGCUAUGAGUGUGCUAUCAGGGAGUGUAACAACCAUGAAAAAGUUCUGAUGAAGGAUGAAAGGGAAAAACGAGAGGCAAGACUGAGGAAUAAGAGUGGAGAGUUGGAGAAGCAUGUGGAGGAUACCGAGAAAAGCAUCACAGAGCUGACAGAGAAUAUUGCAAAAGCAAGGGUGUCGCUGCAGCAGACGUCCCAGUGGGUGAACGCAAAGUUUUCCCACCUGAUGAAGCUGCUGGUGGAGAAGCAGGAGUCCACCCUGAGUUUCAUAGAGCAAGAGCGGCACACUGCUCUCACUCAGGCCGAAACCCGCCUCAGCACUCUGCAGGACAGAGCCCAGAAGCUGAGGGAGACGCAGGGACAGAUCGCUGCUCUGCAAGCCAUGCCUGACAUCGAGUUUAUUCAGGAAUCAAGGUUAGUUGAGGUCCCGCAGAUGAAAGAAAUCUCUCCGAGUGUCACCACAAACCUUCAGGACAAACUGACUGUAGUCACUGAUGUCUUGUCUCGAAUCUCCAAGCUGGUGUCAGAGGACUUGGAGAAGGCAAUAAAUGCAGCAGUUGGGCAGGACAAACAAGGUUCUCCCCAGGAUAAGCGUCCUGUGUUGGCGGUAGUCCCAAGCCCUGCCACCCCUUGUUACCCAGCUGACAGGGAGGGCCUCAGUGCAUUUCACUGUGCCCUCACCUUUGACCCACGCACAGCCAACGCUCACCUGCAGCUGUCUCAGGGAAACCAGCGGGCGGAGCACCUCACCACAGGGCCGCGCAGAGUCCCCGCCCACGAGGCGCGAUUCGACACCACCUGGCAGGUGCUGUGCUUCCAAGGCUUUACUCACGGCCAGCACUACUGGGAGGUGGAGGUGUCCAAGCCCUGGGCCUACCUGGGGGUGACCUAUCAAGGGAUCCCACGCAAGGAGAAGGGCAAGCGCUGCAUGGUGGGCAUGAACGAGCUGUCCUGGAGCCUGCAGCUGGACGAGAGGCAGCUCAGCGCCUGGCACAACGGCAGGAAGGAGUCUGUGCCGGGACAGCCACAGCAGCACCGUAUCGGGAUGCUACUGGACUACGAGGCUGGGACUCUGACCUACUACGGGGACGGCCAGGCUCGUCUGCACGCCUUUCACUAUGCCUUCUCUGAGGAGCUGUUCCCCGCCUGCUGGAUCGGCGAAGGAGUGAGCGUGACACUCUGUCCGCCCUGACAGCAUCGGCCAACCAAUGCAGCAGCAUUGGUAUCGCUAUGUUUGAAAGCAGACUCUCACUGUGGUCCUCCCCUUUUCCUUUAGUGUGAAGGCUGUGGCAUACAUAGAGGUCAAUACAUACUGUAAGUGAAACUUAACUUCCUGAGUAUAAACAUGUGGUGCAGAGUUACCACGGCUCUUUAGUGCCCGCAGUAUACCUUUCCUUUUAGAGAUUCCAUUCAUGUCUGUAGUGCUGAUCACACCUUUACAGUGCAAAUAUCAGCAUGGUCAUUCUGCAUGAUGCUUUGACUGAGCCAUGUCAAAACCAUAAAAGCACACUCUGGACCUUGAAACGCUGGUCAUUGGACUUUGGACUGAAGAGUUUGGGACACAGUAUUUGCACAAGCCCUUCUUCAGCAUGGGCUGUAGAAAAUUUUUGAAUACUAGAAUGAGAGAAGGGAGUUCUGGUGAACCGCCUCGUCAAGGCUUUUUAUAUGAUGCUCAAAAUCAUGUUCAAAUCUUAACUACUGGUACCAGAAUGAAGUCAGCUUUAUUGUUGAAGUACAAUGGAAUCUCAAGUGGAUGUGUCACCAGGGAUGAAAAAAUAAAAUUAACACAUGACAACACUUCACACAAAUUCAGUUUAUUAAAAUCCAAUUAUAUGCACAGUAUAUAAGUCACACAAUUUAAACCAUGCUCCCUAUUCGUUCACAUUUUCCCUUUAAAUAAGUUAAUGCAUAAAUUAGUGAGGUUUAAAUAAAUAGCAUUCUUUUUUGAUUUAUACACAAGUCAAGAGAGGACGGGGAGGGAAUGAUGCAUAGCCAUUUUGAAAGUGCAAGACUUGCUAACUGCGAGGAUCUGCCAACUGCUUUUUGCCAGCAUUAAAAA